UAUUGCCUCAACUUUCUAUAUACUAACUUACCCCUAAAAUUUUCUUAUCUUCAUAAUGGCUUCUAAGAUCAACUUCUCACAUUUUCUCCUCCUCCUCCUCUUCUUAGCACACUAUACAUUUGUGAAUGGAGACACCACUUUAAUCAAAAGCACUUGCAAGAACACCAAGUACUACAACCUAUGUUUCUCUUCUCUCAAAUCCAACCCUACCAGUCCAAACGCAGACACAAAGGGCUUAGCUUUGAUCAUGCUUGGAAUUGGAAUGACAAAUGCCACUUCCACUUCUUCAUACUUGUCUUCCAAAUCUCUCACACCUACCUACAACACUACCUUACAAAGAGUCCUCAAAGAGUGUGCAGAUAAGUACUCUUAUGCUGGUGAUUCUCUCCAAGCCUCAGUGCAAGAUUUGGCUGAUGAAGAAUAUGAUUAUGCUUACAUACACAUCACUGCAGCUAAAGAUUAUCCAAAUGCUUGUCAUAAUGCAUUCAAAAGGGCUCCUGAUUUGGUUUACCCUUCUGAGCUUGCUAGGAGAGAAAAAGGUUUGAAGCAUAUAUGUGAUGUGGCUAUGGGGAUCAUUGAUAAUCUCAUUAAUUUGUAGGACACGAAGAAAAGCUGAGGAGCAAUGAUAAUUGGACUGCAGACUCUUUUCAAACUUCCAUGUCUCUAGGGGCACUUUCCUCCAUGUUCAUAAAUAUGUGGUCUCUCUCUAUUUCUUUGACUUUUUACAUGUUUUCUUAUUUUUAUUUGCAUUAGAUGAUGUGUGUG